CAGUCCCUCGGUGCCACUCCCAGGUCUCCACUGGGCCUGCUCUGGGGCAGAUGGUGCUGUCGGAGCUGGCCGUGCGCCUCAACAGCACGGAGUACAAGAACUGGGUCAAGGCGGGGCACUGCCUGCUGCUGCUUCGGAGCUGCCUGCAAGGCUUCAUCCGCGCAGAGGUGGAAGCCUUCCACCAGCGCGUCCUAGCCGCCGCCCCUAACCUGGGCCCCCACGCCUCCUGCAGCGGAGGCGUGCGCUGCACCCCCCGCGCUCGGCAGUUUCAGCCUCAAUGUCAGUUGUGUGCAGAAUGGAAAAGGGAGAUUUUGAAACAUCACACCAAUAGAAAUGGAGACAUCUACUGGGGAAAUUGCAAGCCUGAGCGCUGGCCUUUUGACCCCUGGGAACUGGCAAAGGCUUUUAUGCCCAGGGGAUUGGCGGACAAAAAAGGACCAGAGGAAUGUGAUGCAGUUGCUCUUCUGAAUCUUAUCAACUCCUGUGAUCAUUUCAGGAUUGAUCGAAAGAAAGUCAUAGAGGUGAUUAAGUGUCGUAAUGAAAUCAUGCACUCUUCAGAAAUGAAAGUUUCUUCUACAUGGCUGCAAGAUUUUCAGAAGAAGAUUCAAAGUUUUUUGAAUGAAUUCAGGAAUAUUCCAGAGAUUGCAGCCACAAGUGCCAGAGUAGAACAGCUACUAACAUCUGAUUGGGCUGUCCAUAUCCCUGGGGACGAUCAGUUUGAUGGGCCUGAAAGUGAAAAUAGGCUUUACCUCAGUGAAAGUGAAAUUAAUGAAAUUGAAAUGCAAUUAUUAAGGGAAAAACUUCAAGAGAGUUAUCUUCAAGCAGAAGAGCAAGCAGUAUCACCUGAAGAGAUCAUAAAAAAUGUAGAGGCAAUGAAGGUCUUCCUAAGAAACAACAAAGAUCUUAGAAUUAGUUUCAAAAAAGAAAUACAAAAGUUGGAAGAUUUUAAUCUACAGUAUCAAAAAAGGUGUACAAAGGACCCUGGGAAGUAGAUGCUUGACCUGAUAGAGACUAAAGUGAUUUUUUUUUUAGUCAAAAUAAAACAUGAUAUCUGAAGAUCAUCUUGAUUCCAGUCUCAUUACUGAAGGGGGAAGCAUCAAGGUGGAGCUGGCCCUGGAGCUAGGAAGACUUGAGUUCAAAUGUGACCUCAGACACUUACUAGCUGUAUGAUUCUGGGCAAGUCACUUAACCUCUGCUUCAGCUUCCUCAGAUGUGAAAUGAGAAAAAUAACAGCACCUACCUACCUUUCAGGACUGUUGUGAAGGUCAAAGACCAAAGAUUCCUCCUUAAUUACUAGAAACUUUUAUUCAAGGAAGAAGAAUGAAUUUAAUAGCAAAUAGAAGUAUUCUUCAUAGUAAUAAAGGAUUUUUCUUCAAGAUUCUUCUUUUUCUUUAUGAUUAAAAGUUUGGGUGCUCUAUCUUCUCCAUAGACCAAAAUUUUUAGAAGUUCUUAAAAUACAACUUUCUCCUACCCAAUAAUUAUUAUGAAAAAAAAGUUAGGCUUUUCUCUGCUCUUAAAAGAGCUAUAGAAAGGAACUCUGCAAAGCUAGCUUUAUAUAUGUUAAGUCACUGGAUAUAUAUGUCCACUGCCAUAGCAUUCCUAUCUCUUACUGCUUUGUCUGGAAAUUCCUAAAAUUAAAAUAAUAGGUUAAAUAUAAAAAAUGGGUUCGUGAUUUAAA